AAAAAAAAAUAUUGAAAAUAAAAUUUUCUUUUUAAUUAUACGAUUUUGAUUAUUGUAAACAUGGAAGAAAUGAUAACAUAACCUUCAUUGUGAAAAAUAUAACUAUUAGAUGCUCGAAAAGAAUUACUUCUCCAUGGAAAAUAUAUCUAAUUAUUCUAUUUCAACACUUAUUAAUAAUAUAUUCUUUCAUUUAACUGGAUUUGAAUAUAAAGAUCAACUAAUUAUCAGAGUUAAUAAUGAAAAGUUAUCAACAAAUGGUGACUUGUACUUUCCAGCUAACCUCACAAUAUGGAAAAAUCUUUUAGUGGUUAAGUUAGAUUGUAAUAAUGAUUGUAACAAUAUUUUACAACAUUAUGCACACACAAGAGGCAUUGAAUUAAAAGAAGUGGACAAAAAUGAUACUAAUGAAAAGGUUUUACAAUCAUUCAUUUCAGCUAGUAAAACUUGGAAUUACAAGAUAACAAAAUGUACUUUGCAAAAAGAACGAAUUUGCCUAUUUCUAGACAGACCAUCUGUCAUUAAAACUAUUAUAAGUACAAUCAUUGAAAAAGGUUCAUCGUUUGGAAAAAACCCAUCUACAAAUAAAGAGAUUUGCCUAACAUUUCAUCCAGAUGUACAAUCAGAAUUAACCAGCACAAGAUUAAAGUUAAUAAAAGAUGUUAGCGAAAGAAUUUUGGAUUUGCAAGGAUAUCGCAUAUGCAAGAAAGUUUGCUCAAAUUCUAUUGUAUUAACUCAUAAGUUUAAUGGAAAAAGAAGUAAAGAUUGUAAUACAUAUUUGUGUGGAGUUGUUAAAAAUUUAGAAACGAAUACAAAAGAAACAAUGUUUACUUGGAGCCAGUAUAUACAUUAUAAAAUUAAGAUGAUAAAAGAACAAAACGAACAUAAAUAUCUGAACGAAGACAAACAAGAUAUAGAUUCUUUCCUUCGGAACAUGGCAGAAGGUGCCAUCACUUUUGAAUUAUUAACUAUUAAACCAAUCCGUCCUGUUUUCGUUAAUGUUCACACAAGUGCUAAUAGAAGUCUUACCAAUACAAAAGGUAUAUUUUUCAUAUUUUACAAUAUUGUUAGAAUAGCAGCGAUAAUAAAAAAAUAUGAUGAAGGUAUAUCGAAUGGAGACUAUCCAGAAUUACCAGAUAUCAAAACUGUAGAUUUUUCUAUAUUAGAUAAUGAGAGUGAAUGGGAACUCAUCUAUAACUUCAUGGUUGGAUAUUCUCAAGCUAUAGAAAACAGUGUCAGACAUAUACCCACUUUUCAAAUCUGUCCACAAAUUUUGUGUGCGUUUCUAUCAAGAUUAUGCCAAAACUUUAGUAUUUAUUAUAGCAAAAUUAAAAUAUUAACGGAGGGAUAUAAGCAUUUGCAUUCAAAAUUAAUAGCAAGAAUUUACAUGUUAAAAGCAUUGGAAAUUAUUUUACAAAAUGCUCUUGCGAUAUUAAAUAUAAAAUCCGUUUCUCGAAUGUGAAGUUUAUUUUGAA